UAAAGUUAUUUGUGCUUUUUUUUUUGUCAGUUCUUGUUUGAUACCAACUUUCCAGACAGAAAUGAAGCUACAAAAACCGUUUAAUAAGAAAACUGCUUCUCUUAGUUACUAUGAAAUUUUGUUUGCUUCUCUGCUCACAGUUUUUGUGUGUAUUUGUGUUGGACUGAUUGUACUUUCAUGGCUACUAAUGCAGGAGUUAAAACGAGCUGAAGCAGAUGGAAAUACUUAUGGCUAUGUGGGGACAUUUAACAUACUGUCUGGGGCAUCAUUCAGUCCUGAAUUGCAAAACAGAUCAUCAGCUGAUUUCAAGAUCCUUGCCUUUGAUGUUGAACAAUUGAUACAAGAAAUCUUUCAAGCAAGUCUUCUGAAAAAUGAAUUUGAGAGAUGUGAAAUUUUGCAGUUCAAGAAAUAUGAAGAAGGUCUUGAAAGCUCCAAGAGUUCUGCAAUUGGUACUGUUGUGAUCUUCAGCCUUUAUUUUGCCCAGUGGGUCUCAACUGAGAAAACAAAAAAUGAGCUGGUUUGGGGUAUAGAAGCAAAUAAAACUAUCCUUACUCAGACUUUGAAGGUUGAUGUGAACAGCAUACAAGUCACAGUGGCUGCUGAAAAUCUUACUACAAAGCUGCCUUUAACUUCAUCAGAUCCCACAAAUCUAAUUACAAGCUCCCUGACGCUAACUUCAGGUUCAGAAAAACUCACCACAAGCAAGUCCUUAACAACUACAGUUGAGUGCCUGUCUCCUGCUGAACUUUGUGCCGAUGGUGUAACCUGUAUAGAAAAAGAUUUAUUUUGUGAUGGAGCCCUGGACUGCCCCGAUGGUUCAGAUGAAUCUGAAGAAAGAUGUGCUGCAGUUUGCGAUGGAAAAUUUAUGUUGACUGAUUCCUUUGGGUCUUUUCACUCUAUGAAUUAUCCAAAACCUUACAAUGCAAGUAUUGUUUGCCAAUGGAUUAUACAAGUGCCUCAAGGAUUAUCCAUUAAACUGAACUUCACUUCUUUUGAUACACAACAGUAUACAGACAUUUUAUAUAUAUUUGAAGGCAAAGGACAAGACAAGAUUUUAAGAGCUUCUCUCUCAGGGACUAAUGCUGAAACAGUUUACAUUUUUUCUAAUGAGGCUACAGUAAAGUUUGAAACAGAUUAUUCUGAAAAUUAUGAUGGUUUUAACGCAUCGUAUACUGCAUUUAAUACAAAUGAGCUAAACAACGAUGAGAAAGUCAAUUGCACUUUUGAAAAUGGCUUUUGUUACUGGAGUCAAGAUUUAGAUGAUGAUUCAGACUGGGAGAGAAAUCAGGGCCCUACUUUUCCCUUUUUGACUGGUCCUGAUUUUGAUCAUACAUUUGGCAACCUAUCAGGAUUUUAUGUUUCAACACCCAUGGAAUUUGGAUUAUUCACAGAACUGAAAGCACGGCUUGUGAGUUUGCCCUUGGUCUCUUCAGACCCAUCUUGCCUAAGCUUUUGGUAUCACAUGUAUGGUGCUAAUGUUUACCGUUUGAGCAUUAGCAUAAGUGAUAAAGAUGGUACGGAAAACAUAGUUUUCCAGAAAGAAGGAAACUAUGGAAACAACUGGAAUUUUGGACAAGUAACUUUAAAUGACUCAUCUUAUUUUAAGGUUAUUUUUGAUGCCUUUAAAAGGCCUGGUCAAAGUGAUAUUGCCUUGGAUGAUAUUGGCCUGACAAAGGGAAAGUGUAAUGAAAGUAUUUAUCUAGAGCCAACUGUGGUUCCAACAUCUCCGACUGUGCCUUCACUUCCCACUGACUGUGGAGGGCCAGUUGAACUCUGGGAGCCAAACAAUACAUUCAGCUCUGAAAACUUUCCAAAUAAUUACCCUAAUCAAGCUUCUUGUAUAUGGUAUUUAAAUGCUGAGGCGGGGAAAAACAUUCAACUUCAUUUUCAGUCUUUUGACCUGGAAAAUAUUUAUGAUGUAGUUGAAGUCAGAGAUGGCAGAGGAGCAGAUUCCUUGCUUUUGGCUGUUUAUACAGGACAAAACCCAUUGCCAGAUGUCUUCUCUACAACGAGCCAGAUGACAGUACUCUUCUUAACAGACACAUCUUCAACUAAGAAGGGUUUUCUUGCAAAUUUUACUUCUGGCUACCAUCUAGGAGCUUGUGAACCUGAAGAGUAUCACUGUGUCAGUGGAGAGUGUAUACCAUUGCAUAAUCUUUGUGAUAACCUCCGUCAGUGUGAAGAUGGCUCUGAUGAAGCAGAGUGUGUGAGAUUGCUUAAUGGUUCUGUAAGCACCCAAGGACUGAUACAGAUCAGGAUUGGGAAGGUGUGGAACCUGGUGUGUGCAGAUAAUUGGAACAAACAGAUUUCAGACAGUGUUUGCCAGCUGCUGGGGCAAGAGGAUGCAAAUACAUCGUCAGCUAUAUUAUUCACUGGUGAUGGCCCAUUUGUCAACGUGACUGAAGCAGUUAACCAGAGCCUAAUAUUUACACAAAGAGAAUAUUGUUUGAACAAUCUGGUGAUUCAUCUGCAAUGUAACAUGAAAUCUUGUGGAAAACGCCUUGUAACUCAGAACAGCGGAACAAGGAUUAUAGGUGGAAGCGAUGCCGAAACAGGGGCUUGGCCUUGGAUAGUCUCACUUCUUUAUAAUUCUGGAGCUAUUUGUGGAGCUUCCCUUGUCAGUGACGAAUGGCUGGUGACAGCAGCACACUGUGUAUAUGGGAGGCAUUUAAAACUAUCUCAAUGGAAAGCAGUGCUUGGCUUGCAUGACCAAUUGAAUAUGACAUAUCCUUCAACAGUAGUUCAAGACAUUGAUCAAAUAAUUAUAAACCCUCAUUAUAAUAAAAGCAUAAAAGACAGUGAUAUUGCGAUGAUGCAUCUUCAAUACAAAAUGCAAUAUACAGAUUACAUACAAUCUAUCUGCUUACCAGAAAAAAGUCAAGAGUUUUUACCAGGAAUUUACUGUUCCAUUGCUGGCUGGGGUGCAAUUGCAAACCAAGGUCCCACAUCAAAUAUUUUGCAAGAUGCAGAAGUCCCUCUCAUAACAAAUAAAAAAUGCCAGCAAUGGAUGCCAGAAUAUAAUAUUACUGAGAAUAUGAUCUGUGCGGGCUAUGACGAAGGAGGGGUAGAUUCCUGUCAGGGAGAUUCAGGUGGCCCUCUGAUGAUUGAAGAUGGUAACAAGUGGUUUUUGGCAGGUGUAACAUCAUUUGGCUAUCAGUGUGCACUUCCCGAACGACCAGGAGUGUAUGCUCGAGUCACCAGGUUUGUGGACUGGAUCAGAAAAAACAUCCAUUAGCUUAAUAUUUUUAAGGAUACAAACAGAUUUUAAAGGUUGAAAGGAAGCCAGCAUAUAAUCAUGUAAAACGGAGUAACAUUCAAAACUCACAGUUAAAAGAAACUGAAUAAAUAUCUCUCAAAAUGCAGUCUAGAUUUAAAUUUUGGGAAGAAAAUGUUAGUUAUUAAGAAUUUCCCUCCUCAACUGAGGGCAGUAUUUCAAUUAAUAAAUAGUUUUAUCAUUUUACUUUUUCCUUCAUAUGACAUGUGAUUCUUCUAUCUGCCUGUAGAGGGGGAAACAUUAUUUUCUUUCAGCAUCAGUACACAAAAUGUAUAGUGGAGGGCUUCAAAGUGUUGGCAGUAAUAAUAAAAAAAAUUGUAAACUACAAAUGCUUUAUUGGAAAAUAGUCUAAAUUAUUAAUUUCAGGCCAAGUAUAUUAACUAUUUUUAAGUUUAAUGCUGCAUUUCCCAAUGUGCAUUCUCAUUUCAAUGCAUAGUGAAUUAGCUCAGUAAUCACCACAUAUCAAAAUGAAGGUAUAUGCUCUCUGUUUAAUCUGGGAGCUCAUGAGAGCUCUUCUAUGUUGUCUAUUACAAAAAGCUCUUCAAUGAGCUUUAUAGAUUGUGCAUGAAGGUUGAUCAUGUAUCAUGCUGCUUUAUAAUGAAUAAACUGAAUGUAAGCCAAAA